AGGUCUGUGCGUCUGUCACUCCGGCAUCUUACGAGUUCCUUUCCCUUUAGCUCCCGGCGGGCGGCAGCCUCUCGCUGGCUCGCAACUUUGGGGAGUUUCAGGCAGCCGCAGCGGCGGCAGCAACCCCGGGCGCAGGAAACGUCUCGGCCGGCUGCGGUUGCUUCUCCCCGGCUCUCUUCAUUGCUCUGCUGAAGGUAAUGAGACGCCCUAAGAUCCCAGAGGUACCAUAUGAGAAGUCUGGAACGUGUUGAGGACUCUAUUUCCUGCAAACAUGACGAGGGUGACCCAGCAGAUCGGCAGGUGGCCAAGAGGAACUCCCAACGGCCCUCUUCUCCUCUGAGCACGGGUGAUAGUGUGGUAUGCCCCCGACCUCUCUUCCUUCCUCCUCUGGACUAAGCUCUGAUGGGACAGGACAAUAAGGAAAUCGCCUUUUCAUGACCCUGUGCCACCAGAAAUGACCUCUUCUCCCCAGACGCUGGCUCACAAACGGAGCGGCCCCCAGAGGUGAACUUAUCUGCCUUGCAGCCCAGGCUCUGGGCUCUCCAACCUGACACGUCAACCUCCAGCUGAGAAAGGAGUCUGUCUAGGAAAAGAACUAGAAUCAACCGAGAGGCACAUGUUUUAAUCACCAGUUACUUUAAUGACAAGAAACUAGAAUGUGUUUAAGGUUUAAAGAAAGGAGCCAGCCCCAGGAGAUUGAAGGAAACGUAGAAAGCAUAAUUCUCCCCUCUCCGGGGGAACCUCCUGGAGCAAAGUGCCUGAGGAUGUAGGAGGACCAGCCACCUGAGCUGAGGGAUCACCUUUCCACCUGAGGAGCCAUCCGCAGACCCACCGAGUGAAAGGAAGGAGCUGGGCGGCACGUCCCGGGCGUCAUGGUCCACCUGCUUGCCAACGAAGUACGGCAGCUGCUCCACAACAAGUUCGUGGUCAUCCUGGGGGACUCGGUCCAGAGGGCCGUGUACAAGGACCUGGUGCUCCUGCUGCAGAAGGACUGCCUGCUCACACUCAGCCAGCUCAAGGCCAAGGGAGAGUACAGCUUCGAGCAGGACAAGCUGGUGCACGGGGGCAAGCAGGGCCGCAUGCAUAACGGCACCCACUACCGCGAGGUGCGCCAGUUCUGCUCCGGCCACCACCUGGUGCGCUUCUACUUCCUGACGCGCGUGUACUCCGACUACCUCGAAGCCAUCCUGGAGGAGCUGCAUUCGGGCGAGCACGACCCGGACCUGGUCAUCAUGAACUCCUGCCUCUGGGACCUCACCAGGUACGGGGAGGACUCCUGGCCGAACUACCUGCAGAACCUGGAGAGCCUGUUUGGGCGCCUGCGCCAGGUGCUGCCCGAGUCGUGCCUCCUGGUUUGGAACACGGCCAUGCCCGUGGGCAACAACAUCAAUAGCGGCUUCCUCCCGCCCGAGCUCCGACCCGCGGCCUCCAGCCUGAAAACCAACGUGGUUGAGGCCAACUUCUACAGCUCUGCCGAGGCCCAAAAGCACGGCUUCGAUGUGCUGGACUUGCACUUCCACUUCCGCCGCCACACAGGGAAGUACCUGCAGCCCGACGGAGUGCACUGGAACGAGCGCGCGCACCGGCAUCUCUCCCAGCUUCUGCUGGCCCACGUGGCCGACGCCUGGGGGGUGGAGCUGCCCCAGCGCGACCCCGUGGGCAAGUGCAUCAAGGAUGGCCCCGCGAGGGGAGGACCUGGCAGGAGACUUGAGAGGCAGCUCCCGGCCUGCAGAGAUCAACCGGCCUUCCUUCCUCCGCCCCGACCCCUGCCUCUGCCUGGGUGCUGCCCCUUGCCCCCCACGCCAUCUCCCCGCCCACCCCAGUUCCCACUCCUGCCCCCCAAACCCCCUCCCAUCCCCCUUCACCAGGUGACACCCCCGUUCCUAGUCUGUCCCCAAGAUGCCCAUUUUCCUUCAGACCGUCCUUUCCAAUCGGAUCAGUUCUCCUUGAACCAUUUCCAUUCAGAUAUUCCCCCAUCUACCCAGACAGAAUUUGCCUUCGAUGGUGACUUUAUGUUUAGUCCCCAGCCGCCUAGGCCCCCCUUCCCCCAACCCUGUUAUCAGCAGCGGGCCCCUGUGGUCCAUAGGGGUUUUCCCCGGUAUUGUCCCCGUGGCCCCUACAUGCCCUGGAGAGGGCGGCCCAGAACUUCCACGAGAAGGGCCCCAGCCUAUAGAGAGCCAAGGCCUCAAUAGACUGACUUGGGCCUUCCUCCUCACGCACAUGGCCUGGACAGAUCGUCUGACUCUCCCCAAACAGACUGACCUUGUUAACUGAAGCCUUUGGUC